UUGUUGCGUCGACACAUUAAUAGUCGUACUAUAUUCAUUUUGUACACUAUUUAUGGAUCACAUGAUGGCAUAUUAUAGGUGUAAUUUUUUUAAGUAGCAAUUUAAUAUAAUCCUAAAUCUCACGCUGUAAUCGUAGUUUUAAUACUAGCAAUCAGCUUUAUUCUGGCUUACAAUUCGACUUUUGACUGGGAUCAUAUCGUGAACUAUUACUUUCACUAAAGAUUUUGAUAUCAUGUAAAAGAAAAUCAAAUGCAUGUAGCAGGGAUUAGUGAAUAUCUAUAUGCAUUUUUUGAGCUUCAACAGAAAGCCUAAAGUUUUGUUGGAAGGUUACAAUGUGUAUAGGAACUCAUGACUGGCCCCAGUUUGUUCAGCAAUUGGAGUGUUUUUGACUUAUAGUUAACAUUGCUGAGCUAUUGGAUAUUGAACCUUGAUCUAUAAGGUGGAAGUGGGAGCAUUAGUUUGGAAGCUCGUGUCUUUUGAAAAACCUAAUUUUUAUGGUUCUGACUACUUCUGUUCUGUUUUCAAUUCAUAACUAAUGUCUAGCCAUGAUAAGUGAUAUUUUCCCAAGAGAAAGGUAGAGUAAACGGUUAGCAGUGUCAAGCCCUAACACUUUCCAUUGAGCUAUUAUAUGUUGAUGGCACCAUAGAGUCUAGACUUGAAAAAUCACAUGGCUAGGGCUCCUUACAACUUACAAAGAAUAUAUCUGUAAUUCUAGAAUUCCCGUGCAAGGUAUCAUGGAAGUGGAUUUGUUGCUUGCUAUAAAGCCACGUCACAAAGAUCAUGAUCGAAAAGUUUAAUAGAAGGUCUUCAUAUUAUUGAUUCAAUAUCAAGCCAUUUGGAGAUCUCCUAUGAUAGUUUAGCUCUGGUUUUUCUUCUCUAAAAACAACAAGGGUUGAAGCCUAAGCAAACACAUAGGCCUUGAUUUUAUGGUGGUUUACGACAAAUUCGGAAAGUAUCACUUCUAUGACUUUUAAUCCUUUAAUAAAUGGUUUGCUGACUAAAGUUUGAAGGAUCAUGUUAAUAUUUCUGGAGCUGUUGGCCCUUUUUCUUCUUGAAUUGUCUUUUGUUGUGAUUUGUAAGCUAUGUCAUAUUAACAUGACAUGAAUUGUUGUAAUAUAUGCUUCCCCACCCCCACCCCCACCCCCACCCCACCCCACCCGUAACCCCCAUAUAAGUUUGCUCUGCACAACUUUUGCUUCAAGAUUGUAUUUCUUCCAAGAUAAACUUUUCCAUUUUAAGUUGAAAACUCUUGCUUCAGAAAGCUUACUGACUUUUUGGUUUGAAUUUGAGUUUGCAUUUAUUUUUUGAAGAUCUUUACCUUUUUUCUUAUUGUUUUGCACUGACUUCUAGCCAACAUGUGGUAUCAGUCACUCCCUCCAAUAAGCAAGGGUUACGGGACCCUAUGUCUUCUGGUCACAACAGCAUCUCAACUGAGUGUACUCAAUCCUUACUAUAUUGCAUUGCUCUAUGGAAGAGUGUUCAAGAAUUUUGAGGUGUGGCGGCUUUUUACAAACUUCUUUUUCCUUGGUUUUUCUAUCAACUUUGGAAUUCGCCUGCUGAUGAUAGCAAGAUAUGGAGUUCAAUUGGAGCAGGGACCAUUCCAGAGGCGGACAGCAGACUUCUUGUGGAUGAUGAUAUUUGGAGCAUUCAGUUUGUUGGGAAACAAGAUUCAAGCUUUUAUAAAAACGGCUUUUAUUGCGAAAUUUAAGGAUGUUUUAACCCAAGGAGAAGCAUACAAAAUCUCAAAUUUUAGUGUUGGAAAGAAUGUUGGAGACUAUAAACCCACGAUGCAUCUGAUUGUAUUGGAUAUCUUUCUGGAAUAUUAUCAACUGAUCAAUUUACUAGAGAUGGUAACCCACAAAAAAUGAGGAUUUGCAGAAAAAUUUAUUGAGUUGCACUUUGUGGAAUCAAUAUGCUGAUCAAUUGUUGGAAUACUUAUCUGAUCAUCUAAAUUGUCAAAUUUUUAUUGCCAUCCAUCAUGCAAAAAUCAAGGCUUUUCAUGGUAUAUAUAUAUUAUUUGAGUUGUAUAAAAGCAUCGAUUGCCAUCUUAUGUAUUGAUUUGAUUGUGCUUUCUUAUACAUUUGUAUUUCUUACGCAUUUAAAGAGAGGUAUGUAUAUUUGUGUAUUACUACUAUAUAUUUUUCUUAUCUAAAUAUACUAUUCUAAUAAUGCAUACUUGCAAAUAAAUUAGUAUGGAGUAAUUUUAUUUUAUUUCUAAUGAAUAUAGAACUGAUUGUGUAGAAGAUGAAGGGGAACAAUGAGAAAGCUCAUCUUUGGCGGUGGAACAGCUUAUCAUUUUCUUUUUUUUUUUUUUUUUUUUUUUCUUUUUUUUUUUUUUUUGUUUAAGACCUAUUCAAAUUAAAAUACUACAUAAUAUUGUCUCAUUAGAUUAUGGGAUUUGGUGCAAUGCAACGCUUUUAAAAAAAAUAUUUAUGUCUUUUUCUUUUGCUAAUAGUA